GUUACAAGGUCACUGUUUAGCCUUUCAAUCCUCGGGAUUUGAAUUCUCAGAGAAGUUAUGGAGUAAGAACUUUAGUGAUAUUCUGAUAGUAUUGGAAAAAGAAGUUAAAGGUAGUUUCUUCCCCUUCAAUGAAUCACAGAUUUCCACCAAUUGACGAUUACAAAAAUAAACAUUAAUCCAUUGCACUACACAAUCAUGAUUGGAGAAGCUAAUUCCAAUAAAUUUAAAUCAGUUUUCUACAGUGUUGGAAGUAAACCAUUGGAAAUGUGGACUCAACAUGUUUCCAAUGGUCGUGUAUGUCGUAUGACAGAUGAAGAAAUCCAGUCGUAUGUACUGGAAAUAUUAGGGCAAAAUAUAAGUACAACAUAUAUUACUUGCCCAAGUGAUACUAAAAAGAGUCUUGCUAUUAAAAUGCCUAUACUGGUUAUUGUAUUAAAGAAUUUGAAUAAAUAUUUUACUUUUGAAGUUCAGAUUCUUGAUGAUCAAAAUUUACGACGUAGAUUUCAUGCAAGUACUUGUCAAAGUGCUACACUUGUUAAACCAUUUGCUUGUAUGAUGCCAAUGAAACUUGAUGAUGGAUGGAAUCAAGUACAAUUCGAUUUAGCUGAUUUUACACGAAGAGCCUAUGGGACUACAUAUGUAGAAACAGUGAAAUUAAGUGUCUCUUGUAGAAAGUCUUAAGAUAAGUUGAACUUUUGCUUGUAUACUUUCCCGUUAAGUUCAUCUAUUUGCUUUAUAUUUAUUAUUUAUUUUAUUUUAUCCUUUAAUAUUUGCUUCAUAAAUCAGCAUAAAAUAAGAUGGCUGGACUAUAUUUCACAUAAACUAAGCUACUUGAAUUUAAUCAGUGGAGACUGACUAGCAGUGGAAACACAAUAUGUACGCUUCGUCUCAUUUGAGACUCAUCAUCUAGAUGUACACCUGCAUUCUCCAAUGAGUGAUGGUGUCCCCACCGAGGAUCGAAUCCAGUGCCCAUAGUUACAAACGCCAAAGAAUCAUCCACUAGACCACUAGGGCCAUGAGAGCCACCCUUGUGCAAUGGGUCUUAUUAAUUAUAUAACUCAAUAUGAUUUUCCCCGUUGAUUGAUUGGACCUAAGUGCUCAGUGGGAACACCACCACUCACUGGGGAACACAUGUAUAUCCAGAUGAUGGGUUCCAAAUUGAACGAAAUCCGCUUUAUCCUGAAUUUUACUGCUAGUCACCAUCCAAGAUAUAUGACCAGACAUCGCCAAAGCAUCUUUACAAGGAGUUGACAUGUUAACCUGAAACCGAGCACUUCUGUCCAAUCAAUCGACGGGAAAAUCUAAACCCAGUUAAAUACUCAACUUAUUACACAAACUGAAAGACAUUUAUUCUUUAGUAUCUGCAAAAUGGUUUUAUCAGUCUAUACUUAUCUAUCUUUUCAUAUGAGAAUUGUUUUGUCUUUAUUUUCUUUUCUUGGUAUUUCACCUUUGUUUAAAUUUUCCCUCAAGGUUGUCUUAAAAUAGAGUGACAAUGACCUGUUAACUGAAUAUAUUAAGUAAUCUAGGUGGAUAACACUUUUUGGUCAUUCUGCUUUUGUUUUCCUUUUCCUUGAAUGUGAACAUCCAACCAAACUGAACCGUGG